GAAUAAUAGUAUAUUAACAUUCACAUCACAAACUAGUGUUAAUCUAGCUAAGGAAAUGUUAUUUUUCUAGAAAAUCUGCUAUAUUGAAUUGCUUGCUUUUAAAGAGUUAACUACGUGCUUAAUGGAGUACAUGUUUAGCACACUUUGCAUUUGCAAUUUGAGUCAACAUGCUGAGGGUUUUCUUUCAGCAGUAACCAACUUCCUCUUUUCUUUUGGUGAUGUCAGUGACACUCGGCAGCCAGGUUUCUCUCACUUUGUUACUUUCUGUUGCUGUUAUUUGAUAAUUUCACAUUGUUGGUACAGUUAUUAGUUUGUUUAUCCUCUCUGAGUAACGCGUGUAUGGGUCAGUGGAAAUCUUUUUAAGUAAUGACAUCUUUAAACUAUUUUUUACUGCACGGAUUUUGUGGAGGUAUUGAGCAUACAGGAUGUAGUUAACAACAUGCAUGGAUGGAUCCAGAAAAUCUUUAAAUCAAGAGUAACUUCAUCAGCACAACGUGAACAAGAGGCACAUGUGCCAAAAAAGUCAGUGUGUUCUGUCAGCCGUGAAUCCUCUUCAUCUAUAUCCCCAUGCUGUUCUCUGCCAUCAUCAUCACUGGGGACAGCCCCUUCAAAACCUCAGCAGCCACAUUCUGCUUCGAGUUCACGACGAUGGAGUCGAGACUAUGACGUGUUUGUGUGCAACAGCUCUUUGCAAAGUGACAUUGAGGAGGCUUUCCGCCUGGUCUCUUUCCUGGAGGCUUCUCCCCGCAGUCUAAGGUGCUUUCUUAUGCAGAGAGACGCCUGUCCAGGAGGUGCCAUUGCCACAGAGUUUUGCCAGGCGGUGCAGAACAGCCACCUAAGGGCUCUUCUUAUCACUCCAGACUUCUUGCAGGAUGGAUGGUGCAAGUAUAUCAUGCAUCAGGCUCUAGCUGAGGAGCCUAUGUCUAAUCGGAUCAUCCCCCUGCUUCAGAACCUGUCUCGCUCUCAGUGUCCUCCGGAAGUGAGGUUCUACUACCAAAUUGACCUGAGCAGUAACCCUGAACGAGGUUAUACCCUCGUCAACAAGAGUGUGCUCAAUUACCUGGAAAAACUGGAUAAAAAUCAGAAGACACUGGAUUACAGCACGGACAGCUCUAGCAUUGGUGCAAUAAGCAGCCCCAAAGAAAGGGAAGCUGAUACUCAAGUAUACGACCCUGCUGGGAUGCCAACUGAGAAUGAUGUAGAAGAAAGAUGAUUGCUAAAAAGACGAUUUAUUAAGUUAUAAAUAAUGGUCACCUAACUAAGGUGCAUUGCUCUCAAAGGACAACAUCAAUCAAUCAAUCAAUCAAUCAAUCAAUCAAUGUUUAUUUAUAUAGCUCAAUAUCACAAAUGUUACAUUUGUCCCAGUGGUCUUCACAGUGUGUACAGAAUAUCAGUAUGACAAUACGACACCCUCUGUCCUUAGACCCUCACAUCGUACAAGGAAAAACUUCUGGAGAAAAACCACAGUUUAAAGGGAAAAAUGGGAGAAACCUCAGGGAGAGCAACAGAGGAGGGAUCCCUCUCCCAGGACGGACAGACGUGCAAUAGAUGCCAUGUUGCAUAGACACCAGCUACUACACAACACUACUGUCAACCUCAGUGACCCUAAUAGCACAUCAUUUUGGGACUUAAAAGAAAGUUGGCCUCAUUCUUUUGCUCGUAUUUUUUGUGCAUAAUGGGUGUGUGUGUGAUACGGAUGUGCAUACAAUGAACAGGAAACGGUUGGUUCCAAGCAGCACUGGGGCGUAUUUCCUGUAUCAAAUCUAAAGAAGUUCUCCCUGGCUUAACAUGUGUGCAAUAAAUGUGGUUGAUAAGAUACA